AGCAGUCAUCAUAUUGCAAGACCAUGCACCGGCGUCAUGAAGCGACCCAGCAAGGCGCCGGCUCCACUCCGCUCCCCUCCCGCGGUGAGGUUUACGGGGGCGGCCCGGUGGUGAGGUCCGGAUGUGACCGGCCCGCUCCGCCUACGACACUGAACCCAAUCAUUUUGAGUGGCAACUGAAAUCCAGGAGGUUUGGCCCUGACUAAGCGGAAUCACUGCGCUGCAUGUAAAUAAACACGGUGUCGGGGCCCCGACGGAAAAUAUCCGCGUGUUUCAGUUCCCGACCUAAUUGAACCCGGUUCACGGGGUAGGGAGAAAUUCCAAAAGUCCAGUAUGGAAAGUUGCAAACUUCCCACCAAAAACACACCUGAGAGUCUUAAUCGUAUCAAAGAAGAAUAUAAACAGGCAUUUAAAUUAAUAAAUAAAGGUCUUGCUGCAGAUGAAUCGGGUCAAAAAGAAGCCGCAAAGCAGUAUUACAGACAAGGAAAAGGGCAUUUACAUAAUGGGUUGCAUAUUCCAGCAAAUAAUCCUGAAUGCAUAGGUGCUGAGUGGGACGUGGCUCGUCAAAUGCAAGAUAAAAUGAAUGCAGCACUAAAUAACAUAUGUACAAGACUGACUAUUUUGGAGCUUGAUGAAAAUCCAGCAGCAUCUAAUCAGUUAAACCAGGCACCUGGAACUUCAGGGUCAAACUAUCCAAAAGCAGAGUCAAGACUAUAUCCAGUUGUACCAACGCCUUGCGAAGAGAAAUCUUCAAAUCCACCACCUGUCUUCUGUCAGUCUUCUGCCAUGGAGAUGAACAGAACUGCAAAUGGAAGCUCAUCCUGUACAGCCCCUAUUCUUUCAUCACCAGAUACUGUACCUGGAUCCAAUGAGCUGCCUCCUGUAUACACACCUGAGGCUGUAGGCGGGCAUAUGACACUUUCCUAUGGCACCGAAUCUGGUGAGGUGGCCGUCGUAGGUGAUGGUGUCUUUGGACAAAGUACACAGCCCCAUUCUUUGGAACCACUCAGUAUGGAUGCAAGUGAACUUAUUUUAAUUGAACAAGGCGUACAAAUUUUCUAUGUAACACCUGAUGGACAAGUGAGUGCACCCUCUUAUCCUGGAUUUCUUCGCAUUGUGACAUUUUCCGAGAACGGUACUGGUGCAGCACCGGGCAGACCGCCACCUUUUCUGCAGGUUUGUGAUUGGGUAUAUCCACUGAUACCCAAUCAGUCUCCUGUGCUGCAGUGUAACAAUGGAGUUUACAUGUUUCCAGACAUAAUGUCACAAAAUCCUGACGUCUUUGUUGGAGUAGUGUUAUCCUCAGAGCUGCCAUCUUCAGACCGCAAACUCUUUGAAGACUUGUUGAAACAAAUGACUUGCUUGAAAGUUCAGUUUCAAAAUAACAAAAAAGGAAAAGGGCCCGAAGCGAAAGUUUGGGCACCCUGCAUGGAUCCUGAAGCUUCAGCUAAUGACAUUAAUUUGAGUGAAACUGUGCUGAUGAAUCAUGAAAUACAAUCAAGUAACCAGGAGCAUGUUCUGCCAGAGUGGAGUGAAAAAGUAGCACGUGGAAUUUUAACGGGUGCGUCUUGGUUGAGCUGGGGUUUAGUUAAAGGUGCUGAAUUCACUGGUAAAGCAAUCCAGAAAGGAGCCACUAAACUGAGAGAGCAUAUUCAGCCUGAAGAUAAACCUGCGACAGUCAGUCCCACUGUGCAAAAAGGACUAAGCGUUGCACGACAAGCAACAGGAGGGGCUGUAAAAGUCAGCCAAUUUUUGGUUGAUGGACUUUGUACUGUUGCUAGUACUGUUGGAAAAGAGCUUGCUCCACAUGUAAGGAAGCAUGGAAGUAAACUUAUUCCAGAAUCUAUUAAAAAAGAUAAUGAUUCAAAAGCCAAACUAGAUGGAGCCCUUAUGGUGGCAGCAAGUGGAGUUCAAGGAUUUGCAACUGUCUGGAAUGGUUUAGAAUGUGCAGCAAAAUGCAUAGCCAAAAGUGUUGCAUCAGAAACUGUUCACACAGUGAAACACAAGUACGGUGCUGCUGCUGGGAACGUUACAGACAACGCUGUUAACUCUGCCAUCAAUGUUGGUGUGACAGCUUUUAAUAUUGAUCAUCUGGGCAUCAAGGCGAUAGCACGACGCACUGCCAAGGAAACUGGACAUGCUAUGCUCGAAGACUACAAAUUGCAAGAGAAACAAGAAAAACCAGUAAAAAAAGAUUGAUUUCACCUUUGAAUAAUUUGAAUUUAGCUGAUAAAAUUAAAUUUUAACAUGCAAUUUAACCAGUGCUAAUGAACAGUACUGUUUUGCGGAAUUAUAUUUUCAACUAACAUGUAGGUUGAUCUUGAAAGCUGAAGAUCCUAAGGCACUUUGAAACAAUGGCACUGAGUAAUUAUCUUUUGAUUGUCACGUUGGCUUUAUGAUAUGUUUAUAAAGUAUGAAAACUGUAUGGCUUUUUUCCCCUCAAUUAUAUAAGAAACAACCUAGCCUUAUGAAGAAUCUCUUUCAGAUUUCUCAUCUAUCUUGCACUGAAGUGGAUGUGAAUCAAACAUGUUAUAAUGCAUAUAGAAGUUUGGAUUUGUUCAUUGGAUGUGAUUUUUUUUUGAUAUGGUGUGGGGAAUUUGGGAAAAUAGAACACAAAAGUGAUUAUUUAAAGUCUUUUUCUUGCAUUUGCACCUAAAAUGUAUGCAUCCAUGCUGCUACAUUGAUUUAGGCUUUUGUGUGCAAAAUGACUGUGAUUGAAUGAAGGAGAUAAUUGAUGUGCAUUUUGUGUAGAAGAAUAUUUAAGAGUGAGAAUAAACCAAUUAACAGCAUUGGUAUUUUGAUAUUGUCUGAGUAUGUUCAAAGCUCAACUCAGUUGUGAUAAAGCAAAUAAUUGUAGGAAAAAAAAAUUUGCACUGUUAGCGACAUUAAUUUUGUCCAGUCAUAUGAGUGACCAAAACAUUACCAGCACUGAGGAAAAAGGAGGAUUCUCUUUUCAAGUUAGUCUAGUAGAGUGGCUUCAAAUACUACUCUUUAAUGGAAGAAGUUGAUUGGUUUUAUUUGAAAUUAUUUCCUUAAAAAUGCAAGAGAAUAUUAUAUAAUUUGUAAUCUGUAAAAUGAUAUGUAAAUUUGUGAGAACGUUAACAUAGAAUGGUGAAAAUUGGACGGGCAUCGCUGCUUCCAUCUUAAGGAUGCUGAUUAAAUAACUGCUUCUGUAGAAUAACAUUUCACCUGUAUCUUGUGCUUUAAACUCUCAACAACCUUAUUCACAAAGUGCCUUUGCUUGAACCAUCCGACACCAUGUAGAUGUACUUGUAUGAAUGUUUAAUUAAAUGGUACUAAUAGAUUUGAAUAAAGUUAUUCUAUUCACAUAACAUAUGAUCCCCAAAUCUGCUUACUUUUGGUGCUCUUCUCGUAAAACGCAGAAAACAUGACCAAAAUCUUUAGCUAGUUUUACUAAUGUUGAACAACUAGUAUGGUGUACAAUAAAUCUGAGAUGUACUGCCAAAGGUUUCAUGAAAACUACUUAAUAUUCUCCUUUCUGUCAAUAACUAACUAACCAACCAAAAAGAAUGGCCAUUCAAUGUUUAAUAAUUUCUCAGCUGGCUACCCAUUGACUAUCCUUUCCCUUUCUUCCUGCAAUUUUUUCUCGUCAAAACAUUAGGAGUAUAUAAUUUGGCUCAUUUCCGCCCAUCCCUGACUUUAUCACUAAGGGUCCUCAAAGAAAACUAGCAUCUACAGACUCCGAAAUACUUUUUUUUGGGUCUUCUGUCAGACUACUAUGAGUAACAAGUUUUGGUAACAUCAGUCUUGAUCUUUGCCAACCUGUUCAGUCAGUUACUCCAUUUUUAUAGUUUCUCAUCCAAUUAUAGAAUCAGAAUCUGGUUUAAUAUCACUGGCAUACGUCAUAAAACUUGUUUUGUGGCAGCAGUACAAUGCAAUACAUAAUAAAUAACUAUAAAUUACAAUAAGAAAUAUAAUCUAAAUUCAACAUGUAGUGCAGAAAGACAGCCAAAAAAAGAAAAAAAAAGUGAGGUCAUGUACGUAGCUUCAUUGGUGGUGGUGAGGAAGAAGCUGUUCCUAAGACAUUGUGUGUUCUCUAGCUCCUGUACCAGCUUUAUGAUAGCAAUGAGAAGAGGGUUUGUCCUAGGUGAUGGGAGACCUUAAUGACGGAUGUCACCUGGGGAUGCUGGGAAGGCUAGUGCCAAUGAUGAAGCUGGCAAGAGUUUGCAACUUCCUUCAGCUUUUUCUGACCCUGUGCAGUAGCCCCUCCAUAGUAGACAGUGAUGCAACCAGUUCGAAUGCUGUUCAUGGUACAUAUGUAAAAAUUUUGUGAGAGUCUUUAGUAACAUGCAAGUUCUUAAAUACUUUAUACUUUAUUGUCACCAAACAAUUGAUACUAGAAAGUACAAUCAUCAUAGUGAUAUUUGAUUCUGCUCUUCCCGCUCCCUGCAUUACAAAACAAUGGUAAAUAUUAAAAAUUUAAAUUAUAAAUCAUUAAUAGAAAAUAUAAAAAUGGAAAGUAAGGUAGUGCAAAAAAAACUGAGAUGCAGGUCCGGAUAUUUGGAGGGUACGGCUCAGAACCGGGUUGGGAUCCGUUAAGCAGUCUUAUCACAGUUGGAAAGAAGCUGUUCCCAAAUCUGGCCGUACGUAUCUUCAGGCUCCUGAGCCUUCUCCCGGAGGGAAGAGGGACAAAAAGUAUGUUGGCUGGGUGGGUCGUGUCCUUGAUUAUCCUGGCAGCACUGCUCCGACAGCGUGCGGUGUAAAGUGAGUCCAAGGACAGAAGAUUGGUUUGUGUGAUGUGCUGCGCCGUGUUCACGAUCUUCUGCAGCUUCUUCCAGUGUUGGACAGGACAACUUCCAUACCAGGUUGUGAUGCACCCUAGAAGAAUACUUUCUACGGUGCAUCUAUAAAAAUUAGUGAGUGUUUUAGGGGACAGGCCAAAUUUCUUUAGUUAAAUACUUAAAGCAUAAUGAAUAUUUGUCUCUGACUAACCCACUAAUGGCAACAAAUAAUGGGCUCUCUGAAACCAAGUCUCCCACAGCCGUACAAACCUUCAUAACAACAUUGAAUUCCACAGUCCUCCAGUACCUUCUUUUCAAAUGAAUACAGCUUCAGCAAUCUGAUGUUGCAGAACACUGCAUUUAUGUUUGAAGAGGCUCCAGAUUUAAAAUACACAAUGGAAGGUGCAUGUUGUGUAUAUAACAUUUCUGUGAUAUUGUAGAUAUAUUGUUCGAGCAUAUACUUUGUUGUUUGCAUAGUUUAUUAUGGGUAAUAUGUGAAAGUACGUGAUUAGCAUACAUCAUCAUGCAUACACCGUCUAAAGUAAAAAAUGAAACUAAGACCCCCUGGGUUCCUGUCUUUUCCUUGCAGUUAGUUUUACGUGGUGAUGAGGAAGUUUUAAACGAACCAGAGAUUACUAUGUACCUGUUGAAGUCCAGCAAGAUGUUAAGAGUUUUAAAAAAAGUGCUGUGAGAAAUGGUUAAGUGAAAAAAUAACAGUGCAGCAUGUGUUCUUUGGAAGGAACAGACAUGGUAGAGUUUAAAAAAGGCAGAAAACACCAAUUCACAGGUUCAUAAGCAGUGAGUACUGGGUGAUAUUGAUCAAAUUUUUAAAACAGCAGAAAUGGCUGGGUACAUUGGAAAGAUCGACGGGUACGAUUGCACAAGAGAUAACUGGAUUUUGCAUACGGAGUAAAUGAGCUGUAUUUUGAAGCAAAUUAUAUAGCAAAUGAGAAACAAGAACCAGUUUUGCUGAGUGCAUUGGGUUUAAAGGCAUAUAGUUUGCUUAGAAGUUUGACUGCUCCAACCAAAUCAGCAGAAAUGAGCUUUGCUGAUAGCGUGAAAGUAAUGCAGGAACAUUUAGAACUGAAACUGUUACUGAUUGCAGAUUUGUGAUAUCCACCACCUGCUCCCAUGGCUUCACAUGACCCUGAUCAGGAAGGCUAAGCAGAUGCUACACUUUGCCCAAGGGUGAUCUGCAGGCCAGCAGAGGGAAGAAGCACCUUACACCUCCUUCAGUAGAUACACAUCUCUAACCCGCCAACCAGGAUGUCAAUAUAGUAGUUGUUGUAUAUAAUAUGUUAUACAGUAUAUGUUUCUAGUUGAGAUGUAUAUUGAAUUAAAGUUUAUAGCUAAGCAGGGAAUAGUGUGUUUUUAAUAUUUUGGUAAUAAUUUGAAUAAUAUUGUAGAUAUAUUGUUCGAUUGCGUACUCUUGUUUGCAUUGGUUAUAUGCGAA